UUAUCGAAAAUUCCAGUUUUCUCAGCAGAUUAACAAUUACUACCUAAAAACAACAGUUCCCCGGGCAAAGAUGAACAAUGUCCUGGCAAAAUUUCGCUGUACGGCCGCUCGCCUGCAAUGAUCCCGAUCCCGGCGAAGUUUUACUGCACCAGGAAAUUUAAGAAAGUCACCCACUGCCUGUUCGACCUGGACGGGACUGUACUUGAUUCCGAAGUCGUCUACCAGAGAGCAAUCCGGUCAAUCUGCGAAAAAUAUGGAAAAACAUACUCCAAGGAGGUGGAAGUCGAUUGCUACGGUGCCACGGACCGCGACCUGUCGGAAACGAUCGUACAGCGCGUGCUGCUGCCGAUUUCCGUGGACGAUUUCGAGCACCAACUCACGGACCUCGUCGGGAAAGAUGUUGCCAACGCUCCCUUGCAGCCUGGUGCCGAGCGUCUACUAACACAUCUGUAUGACUCAAAAGUCCCCAUAGCACUGGCUACUAACAGCACUGAACGAUCAGUCAGAAUCGCAGCACAAGCUAGACCGAAACUUUUUGCUCUCUUCAAUCAUAAGGUCUGCGCUACAGAUCCCGAAGUGGACCGAGGCAAGCCGAACCCUGACAUCUACCUGGUCGCUGCCAGCCGCUUCCCGACCAAACCCAAGCCAGCACAGUGUAUAGUGUUCGAAGAUUCUGAAAUCGGAGUAAAAGCGGCUGUAGCAGCGGGCAUGCAGGUAGUAAUGGUUCCGGACCGACGCUUGGAUCGGCAGAAGACACGCGAAGCGACAGUAGUCCUACGAUCUCUCCGCGACUUCAAACCAGAAGAGUUCGGUCUCCCCCCCUUCCCCGAAACCCCCGCCAAGGGCAAACCCGCCUCCGCCCGCAUCGAACGAGACGAGACAAGACGAGACGACAAGUCGGAAAACAUUGAAACUAAGAAAGAUAAGCCUAUUAAACCUACUGGUCAACUUGUUGAAAACAUGGCAAGGACUUCCAAAAUGUCUAAAUUGAGGGCCCAGAUGUCGGCCUUGAUGGACAAGAAAGUUUUAGCUGCUACCAGUUCGGUGGCGACUAGGUAAAAAGAUUUUGGUAAAGCGUUUGACAAGGUGGAGCAUUGGCUUAUACUUCUGUAGGUCGUAUAAAUCUCCUUCGGAUAAAACUAUGCAACUCACUUUUAAUGGACAAGCAAAUUUUAGCUUCGGUGGGGAGUGUGGCGACUAGGUAAACAGAUUUUGGUAAAGCGUGCGACAAGGUGGAGCAUUCGCUUCUACUGCAGAUACUUUAGGACUUCCAAAGUGUAGAAACUGAGGGCUCAAAUAUCAAUGCUGAUGGACAAUGAACUAAUAGGUCCUACCAGUUCGGUGGCGGCUUUGUGAAGAGAUUUUAGUAAAGCGUUUGACUAGGUGGAGCAUUGGCUUAUACUGUAUAUACUUUCUGUUGGUUGUGGUAAUCUCCUUCGGAUGAAACUAUACACUCGGCGCGGCUUGUUGAAAACAUCGCCAGGACUUCCAAAUUGAAGGAUCAAAUGUUAAUGCUAAUGGACAAGAAACUAAUAGGUCCUACUAGUUCGGUGGCGACUAGGUGAAAAAAUUUUGGUAAAGCGUUUGAUGAAGUGAAGCACCAGAUUGUACUGUAAAAAGGAUUAAGUGAAAGAUUUGGUAAAGGGUUUGACAAUGUAGAGCAUUGGCCCUCCUUCAGCAGAAUGUAUAAAUUGCUCUUAAAAACAAAUUAUUAAUGCCAGCAAGUUUUAAGACCAUCAGAGUAGAUAUCAUAUGUAAUAACUCUGUGUAAAAUUGAGACUUUUCCAUAAAUAUUUUUUUCUAAAUACAUAUUAAUGUCGCUCAAGAUUCCGUUUAAAAAAUAAUCAUUGUUUGUUUUCAAAAUCUAAAAGUCUCUUUCGUCAGGUCCUUUUAAAACUUUCCGUCUAGAAAUAUGUCAAUAAAAUAAAAUAAGAAUCUAAUAAAAUUGAUUAUUUACGGUUUUAAAAGCUAGUUCCCCUGAUAUGUGAAAAACAAGCAUUAAACUAGUUAAAUAUACAACGUGUGUAUUCCAUACGGGCGUAUAUCUUAAUAACGAUUAGUAUCGGACCCAAGGAGCCUAACUACAUGUUUUCUUUUUCAAUAGACGAGAUUUUUCAUACAUAAUA